AUGGGCAGCCUGUACCCGUCGCCUCGACACCAGCAAGUCUGCUGGUCAGCAGUUCUUGGAAAAAGCCGCUUAGUUCCGGCUUUAGAUGCUAAAGACGUGGACAAAAUUCGAGAUGAAAUGACGUGGCGAAAAGUUGAUCACUCCACAGCGCAACCGGGGGUGGACCCCAACCAGCAAGAUAUCUCAGUAUAUCCGAUGUUGAGCGAUAGAGGCUUUUUUCUACGGCUGCAGGAGUUCCAUGAGGUCUUAACCAAAUCCAUUGUGAAUAUCGUGGAACGAUGGUGGGAGGACAGCGCCUCCGAUUUCCCCUCUAGAAUGCCCCUCGAGCCCCGUGCGGAAGAGAUUCUGAAGUGGAUUGAUGAGCAAAGCAAGAACAAUUCAAUGCCUGCUUUCGCAGACUGUCUGGGUAACUGGAGACCGGACUUCCUGUUGACACAUAAUGAGGAUUCAACCUCGGGGCCAGGGUUCCAGGUCUGUGAGAUAAACAGUCGGACACCUUACAACGCCAUAAUUCAUACUGCAUACAAGCAUGGCAUUAUGAAGGAACUGUUAGGGUCAGACUCCAUCAUUGAGCCAGCGGGUGAUUUCAAAACUUUGGUGGACGGCUUGUUCGACCACUUCAAUCUUGACUUGCCGAUACAUCUUGUUAGGGGAAGAGACUACCUCGAAAGACAAGAGUUCGCCCUGUUAGCUGAACAGAAGACUCAAUCACGGCCUAAGUUGGUGAACGUCUCGGACCUACAAUUGACGCCUGACUCCUCUUCUUCUACCGGUUUCGCUCUUUAUUGCAAGCCACACGGACAUGAAGAGGGAAAGGAGCCAGAGCGGGUCUAUCAGGUAGCUUUGGCGCUAUUUCCUGAGGAGUACAGCCUUCUUCCGCUAAACAUGCUUCGUCAUCUGGCGAAGAUUUCGCUCAAUGAUCUCCGUACUAGCCUAUUUGUGAAUGACCAGAGAUUUCUUGGCAUCAUUCUGCAGGAGCUAAAUCAUCUUGUUGAGAAACAUGCGGUCCUCACCCCCGAUGAAGCUCGAAUUAUCCGGGAAGGAAUUGUGCAUACGAUCUUGCCGGGAUCUCCAGAACUGAAGCAAAUUUUGCACAGCAACAGCAACCAGGGAGACGCCUUGAAGAAUAGUUUUAUGCUCAAGGCAGCUCGUGCUAGCCGCGGUGAUGGUCAUCUAUUUGGAGAUGAGCUUUCCGCAGAAGAAUGGGAAGCAGUCUUGGUUAGGAUGCAAGAUCCAACCAUUCGGGCAGACAGAACAUCAUAUGUCCUUCAACCAUAUGUGCAGCAGCCAAAGUUCGAUAUUGUUGCAGGAAAAGAUAGAACAAUGGCCAAUAGUCAAGUGGUUGGCACAUAUUAUUCUGUGAACGGCCGCUUUGUUGGGUUGGGACCUUGGCGCACGGGAAAUGGAAAGAUCUGCAAUGUUUUCAGCGGUGGAUGUGUCCUCGUGCCCUCGGCUAUAACUGCAGAAAUCUAG